GGUUAUGAAUAUCAUGCGCGUGCUGGAACGCCCGCUAGUGGCGCAGAGAAAGGAACGACUGCAAGUGUACAGCGAUGUGUACGCACAUGUUGAGGAACCACGAAGAAGCGAGUUCUACUGGCUGCAAAAAGAAAACGCAGAGCAAGUUUACCGCUACCGAGAGCUGCGCAAGAACAAGGAAAAACUUCUCAACGACACCUACAAGCAUUAUCUCCACCAACAGAGCUUGGACAAGUACGGUCUAUACUACGAAGGCCAAGACGUGAACUACAGGCUCCAAAUAAGCGUUUCAGUACCUGUGUUCGACCACACUACACUCGAGAAUAUAACAAUAAAACUGGAUGAGGAGAAUCAGAGAAACGCUACAAGAACGUACCCGGUGAACAGAUUACUUGGCGUAGCCGGGAUCGAUAUACCUAUCGAUCACCUGAAGCUGAUAUUGCCUUAUUAUCAGCUCGGGCCUGGCGGCGUACUAUUCGUGAUUGAUCAUCGCGGUAACAUCGUCUUGCAUGACAACCUUAAACCUGUCUUUGAUGGCGACCUCCUGAAACCUGGUUAUCGGACAGUAGAUAUCAUAAACCUGGAACAGCCGGCUAAAGAACACGCACCAAGAGACUAUCCGGAAAAAUGGUUGGAAUUUCGGCAUUCGCUCGUAAUUCAACAUCCCAGAGGCAUCCGAGUGAUGCAUGGAAAGAACGUAUACGAAGAAGGAAUGCGAGCCAGCUUGGAACAAAGAGAAUACCACUGGAAGAGGGUUACUGACCAUUACGUUGUGGCGGUAGUACUACCACCGUAUGGGCGAUACCAUGCAGUUCCUGAAGGACAGUUCACGCAACAGAUCGCUCAGGAAGCAUUGAAAACGUUGACGAGAAGUGACUUUGCAGUUAAUCCAGACUGGUUGUACUGUAAGCACGUGGAGCCGCACUUUGACACGCCCGAAGCGGAGGUGCUGCACUUCAUCCGAAGACGGAGCGACGAGCCAAACUUCGCAAUGAAGAAGCUCAAGCACCUCUUUUCACCACUAGAGCCCGCUUUGUUGGACAAGACUUACCAAUGUAACGAAGAACUGAUAGCGAGGCUUUGCAGAGAAGCCGUCGCCACCAGCAAGUGGAUGGAGGACCACGAAGACUUGGAGUGCACUACCUGCAAACUGGGCUCUGUUACAGCGUUCUUCUCCAGUGAGAGCGGGUUAACUCGGUGGCGCCACUAUCACAUCACGAGCCCGCACGCGCCGCCUCCGUCUGGGGGAGCUUGGCCUCACGGGCCGGCCGAGCCGUGGUACCGGCGCGCCGUCGCCGCCGGCGCAGCUGAGCUGUUGGUUCACGCACCGGUCACGCCGGUGCGCAGGAUGCGCAAUACUGAGGCUAAACCGCCUGAGGUGGGGACUCGAGGAGAAUGGUUAACGGCUGCAAGGGUGGUGGGCUCCGAUAAGGGCGUGAUAGGCGUCGCCGGCUUCCACUUCCACCCGCAGCAUUUUGAGGAUCUACUUGUAGCUGUUACUUACGAUCCAUGCGACGAAAAAGAUGAAGACUGCAAACCAACCUGCGACGGUAAAAUCUGGUCGUGCGUGAUCAUCGAUGAGGGUGGAUGGAUCGUGGCUGGAGGCCCCUCGCCUGCUGACGAGGACAACCCAUCCUCCGAAGACCCCAUCAGGUUACACCUGGCGACGGCCUACCCAACCGCCAUGGCUGCGCUGGUCAAAGCCAAGAUAUUCACGGUCAAUUGGCUGCACGAUUACCAAGGAGUCUGCUUCAAUUACGAAGAGUCAUCCGCAUCCAUGGUGUUGCCAACAUUGCUGAAAUCAAUAUGGCGCAGCGUCUAUCUACUAAUUACCGUUGCACAAGAAUUGGUGACAUUAGUGGCAGUGUUAAGUUCAAGUAACACAGCGUAUGCCGACACCCAAAAGGAAAGAGACAAAAGACGUAACCGCGUCCGACGCGACUUUGAAAGGGAAAAGUACGACCGACUUUACGACGAACGAGUGCUCGUCAACAGAUCUCGCUUCGCAGCUUGCGAUAGAUCGCGGCCUAUGUACGAAUUGCAGCGCACACCUCAAACGAUGGAAUACCUCCGGCGCGGAGCGUCGCUAUGCAGCUGGCCGCUAGUUGGCGCUCCCGUGCCCGGCACCAACCUGCUGCUGUUAGCUAUCUACACGCGCUGCCGCUACCACGAGGACCCUGUGCACGACCCGCUCGUCAAUAAGCCGGUGGACGUAGACAAACUGAUGGGCGACCAGAACUGGGGAAAGAUGUCAAAAGCAAGCAGGCUUGCGUGCUUCAGAAACCGCGUGCCUUUGCUCGGCCGCCCGCCGCGCGUCACUUGCUUCCAGCACAACUAUACGGAGGAAGAGGGAUACCGCCAGUGCGGCCCCUGGCUGCCCGACCCGGAACCAGAGGAGGAAGAAAGCACCGGCUCAACUUCAAAUGCACGUCAUCAACUCUCUGUGCUAUUGAAACUACUGUUCCUAUUUACAUUAUUUACAUACGUAUAAAAUGCCAAUUUGCUACAAUCUAUUUUAUGUUUAAAUAAAAAGAAUGAUAAUUUCCCAAUAACUUGUUUAAUUCAGUUAUAUACAUAGGUUUUGGUUCGGAAACAGCUAUAAUACUGAUCAUUGCUACACUGGAAUCAAAGGAGACUUCCGUCUGGCAGUAUUGCCAAAUUAUUACUAUUGUUACUGCAUAUAGGUACUUACGAAUACGAUUUACAUUUUACUCACUUGUGUUUCACCUUAAAUUUAAAAUCAUCAUCUACAAAAUCAUACUUUAAGAAAAAAAUAUGCUUAGACAUUUUAAACAACAUUCAAAUAUUAAUAAUAAAUUAAUUUUAUUUAAGGCUUGAUAUAAUCGAAAAUAAAAUGAGAGGGGUCUUCUACUUGAUCAAAGUACUCAAUAUUGUUUAUUUUAUGAUUAAAAUAUUAUUUUAUACAACCGUUAUUUUAAUACUUACAACCCUGAAAAUUCAGACUAUUAAUAAUCCUAAUUUUUCAUUUAUAACGGUCUAAAUCGAACAUCUUAUCUAUCCAACAAAAUACAAUAAAUAUACAUUUGGCAUGCGUAAAAUAAAGGAAAAUUUGUAAUAUCUUAAUACAAGUAUUUAUUUUGUUACAACAUGAAUCAUCUAAUUUAAUACAUAAAUAUUUUAUUUAGACAAAAAUAGAUCCGUGGAUAAUUUUAUUAGAGUAUACAAAAUGCUAUGUUAAUUGUACGUAACUGACGUUAAUAAAUUCAAUAUUUUGUUAAAAAUACCAACUUUGAGCUCAGCAUCUAUACGCGAGUACCAAUAUCUACACAAUUUCAAAACCACGCCAUAAAGGUUUACUUUGGUUGAACCAUGCAUUAAUACAGGGCUGAACCAUCACAACAAAAAUGUACCAUAUUUAAGGAGCUUUUUAGUUUAUCGUUUGCUUGCGACUCAAUUUCAGGAAUAUAAUUAUGGAGACAAGUUUUAGUAUAAUUCAAAAUUAAUAAUUCCAAAGUCUACCUAUCUACCUUACUACGAUCCAAGUAGAAUUUUGAAUUUGAGUUCAUUCUCGAAAUUUCCUUGUAUUCAGUUCUCAUUUGGCACCAUUUAUCCUAGUAUUAUUACUCUAUAAACGUCAACUUUUCAAUAUUUUUGCCUAAGAGAGCUUUAUUAAUUUUUGAACAGGAUAAUUUCAACACCAAUUAAUGUUCCUUUGAAAAUUACGACAAUUUAUACUCUAUGAUAGAAUCUGUUAAUGGCUACCUAAA